AUGCAUUGCGUGGCAAGAUUACACAACACGCUACACAAUUUUUUCAAUAAUCGAGAGAUCAAUGCCAUUGCUACAACUCUCUUAAUUUUUCUGUCCUUGUACAUUUCUAUUAUCACUCUUCUGGGUGAGAACUUUUUAAACCCUCUUGCCGACCACCCGGUUACCACUACAAAUGAAGAUGUGACAGUUAGAACCAUUUUCGUCGUUUUCAUCCUUCUCGUCGUUGGAAUCAUUGUGGCAAAACUCUCAAAAGCUUUGAGACUCCCUCCUCUUUUUGGUUGCCUAGCUCUUGGAAUUGUCAUCAGGAACAUUGUGGUGUUUGAGCAGUUUUUCGUGUUCCCUCCAUUUGUGGAGACCAUGAUCCGAAAAGUGGCUCUUGUGAUGAUUGUGAUUCGAUGGGGACUUGCCACCGAUGUGCAAUUCUUGUAUGAAAAUGCAGUCAUGCCUGUCACUAUUGGGCUUGUCACUGCCAUUGGAGAAAUCAUCGCUGUCACAAUCGCAUCCUAUUUUAUCCUCAACAUUUCAUUCGUCAUGUCCAUUUUCUGCGCACUGAUUUUGGUUACUGUAUCCCCAGCUGUCACUGUUCCAGCAAUGAUUUCUUUCAAGGAAAAAAAUUUGGGAUCCCUGAAAAGAAUCCCUGAAAACGUUCUAGCCAUCUGCUGCGUAGACAACCUCUUCUGUGUGGUCGUCUUUAUGGUUCUUUCUUCGAUUAUCUUCACUGAUGCUCCAAUCGCCACCACCAUCCUUCUCAACGCCGGUACCAUUGUUUUUGGCAUUAUCGGAGGAGUCAUUGUAGGAUGGUUGCUUUGGAGAUUCCCAAGAUCCGAUGCCCCACACACCCAAUUUGCCAGAAUCCUUCUUCUUGGUGCUAUUUGCCUUUCAAUGAUGAUUGGAACCUAUCUCAUCAAGUAUUCCUGCUCUGGAUUCCUCGCUGCCCUGAUUACCAGUGCCAUGUGUGCCAUGAAAUGGAGCACGGACAAUAAGGACAAGAUUGAAUCAGUGGUCUCAACCUACAAAUACAUUUGGGACUCGUUUGCACUUCCACUCUUGUUUACCUGCCUCGGAAUGAAAUUUGAUUGCUCAACUGUGGGUUCUGUUUCAAGUUUCAAACAAAAAUUGUGUUUACAGCUCACAUGGGAAAUCGUAUUCCUCUGCAUCGCUGUGAUUGCAAUCGGUCUCUUGGUCAGAACCAUUCUCGUGAUGCUUGUCACUCUUUCUUCUCAUAUCAAUUUCAAGGAGCAAGUUGUGGUUGCUCUUAGCUUGUUGCCAAGAGCCACGUUCCAGGCUGACCUUGCUCCAACUUUAGUUCUGAUGGCCGCACCAUUCCCAGAGAUGUCCAAGGACGCUGCUCUCGUCAUGAAAGCAGCAAUUUUGUCCGUUUUAGUGACCGCCCCAAUUUUCGACAUCCUACUCAACCUUGUUGGCUCCAAGUGUCUAUCUCGUUACAAUGAUAAGGACUCCCCAGUUAUGGAGCAAAACUUGGAUAAAAGUUACAUGAAUGGAGACCACGUGGAUGAUUCCAUUUACGCGGCGCGCCCAAAAACCUACUCUGAAUAUCGCAGUGAAACUGUUAUCGAGAGAUAUUAA